AUGUCUAACUGUUCAUUAUCUAUCUAUCUAUCUAUCUAUCUAUCUAUCUAUCUAUCUCAACCAGUUUCUAUCUAUCUAUCUAUCUAUCUAUCUAUCUAUCUAUCUAUCUAUCUAUUAUUCUCAUUGUGGCCUUCGGGAAAUUUUAUUACACGGAAUGCACCUUUUGGAACUCAAGACACCCCGUCAACCUGUGUCAAAAUCAUUGGAAGUAAAUAUGUGCCCGUCAUAGAGACACGAGUCAAAGGCAGUAAAGCUGAUGGUUAUGGAGUUCCACGACGGUUGUUGGUUUUGGACCCAAUUGCUGAGAAGCCAACUCGAGUUGAUCCCACUCUCCUACAUUCCAGUUUCCGAAGCCCACGAGCCUUGGCUGCCAGUUCUUUGAGUGUCCAGCGGACAACACCUCUAGGAUUCCGGCCAGAUUCCAAAACAGCCAAACUGAGUCCUUAUAGCACACUUCCUCCUAUUCAGCGACACAGAACAAAGAACCAAAUGUCCACCGUUUUUGAGCCAGAGUGUUGGACAUUGUCCCCUCGUAACUUACUAAAUGGUAAAGAUGGAGACACCGGCUACUUAGGAAAAGUUGAUGAACCAGAUUUUUUGAACAUGCAUCUAUUGAAUAAUGAAGAGACUGAAAAUGAAUUAACAUCUCGUGAGGUCAAUAUAGCAGAUACUCAGACUGAUAAUCAUUUUUUGCCCUCUGACUUUGAUACUGAUCGCAAGUACUUGUUAAACUUGUUGCCACAGACUCUUUACCUUCCCACUGAGCCUCUAAAACUUAGCAAAGACGACGAGUUAAAACUAAUUCGGGUUUUGAACAAAGAAAUGCAAGGAGUUCAUCAAAACCAACUCAGGGAGAUUUACACGGUGCUUUCAGCAAUUGACCAUAAACUGACUGGUUGGUGCAGUUUUCAACAUUUGAGUUUCGCCUUGACCAAAAAAAAUCUUCAUAUUUCAGCGGAUUUACUACGUUUGAUCACAGCAAUGUUUGUUUCUCCCGAUCGACAUUUAAGUGGCAUCAACUAUGAAAAGGUCCUGUCUCUAUUGGGAACAGCCUUGAAAAUGGCAGACACUAACAAACUAGAUGAAGGGCAAGAUGAACUUUCAAGUGCAAAUCAACCCUUCCUUUAUGAGCAACAUUCACAGAAGGAAAACACUUCAAAAUAUUUCAACAAUUGUCAAAAUAAUAUUUUGAAAGAUACAAUCAAAGAUUCUCCAUUGCCAGACCAGGAUAUUGCUAAGUUGAUACGAAUUAGUGAGAAUCAGUUACUCAAGGCUGACCAUACAAUCAACUUUGAUCGAUUGACAGCCAGUUUCCAAGUUGCUGACCGGGAUCACAGAGAAACCCUCUCUGCAGCUCAGAUAAAAGAUGUCUGUUAUCACAACCACCUUCCUCUGGAAGAAUGGGUGAUUGACCAAAUUUUGCAUCGGUGCUGUGAUGCCAGUAUUGGCCAAUACAAUUGGCAUAAAUUUGUUGCUUUCUUGGAGCGAGUGCAGCCAAUUCACACUGGUCUAAGGAUUCCUUCAAGCAAAAAACCACUGGACUAUGCUCGCAACUAUCCUUCUCCAUUGGCCAACUGGCCAAAAGCUACCCAAAAGUCUCCCAGAGAAACAUCUGCACCUCCAUUAUGGCAAAAAGACGAGACCCUACCAGAAACAGAUGACCAGGUCUAUGAGCAAAAAACCUGUAAACCUUUAAAAGAUGAUUUGCAACAAACAAGGAAUGCCAGCCAAAUGGCUCUGAAGCAGGAAACAAGCCAGCCUGCAUCAAGGCAAAGAACAGACAGCCAACACACAAUAAACAUGGAAGCCAUCAACAAACUGAAGUUACAAGCUACAAGUCCGCUGGAUGAAGGGAGUGAACCAUGGUUUGAUCGUUUCAUGAAACUAGCCAACGCUCUCUAUAAACAAGACAUUGACCACACAGGUUUUCUUCCACUGGAGGAAGUCUGGAAGCUGGUGUGCACUUACAAUCAUAUGUACCAUUUGAAUCUCUCUGAAGAUAAGAUUGAAAAGACUUUAGCCCAAUCAAUGGAGCGUGGCCAGGUUGAUCUGCAUCAAUUGCUGACUACCCUGGGAGGAGUGCAGGGUUGA